AAUAUUUAAGAUGCUAAAAUAAUGUUUUACACAAUAGCAUCAUUUCUUGUGAAAUAUGCAUACUGCACAGCAUAUGUCGUAUAUAGUUUAACUAUAAAAUAUUCCUUACUCUCAAAUGCAAGAUAUACACAAGUCACACAGUAAAUAAAAAUAGCUCAAAAAUAUAAUUUACAUAUUACAAGCAAUUAUUUUUCUCUUCUAAGUUUUAAACAUGGUCAAGUCAUAUACAUCAAAAACACUUCGUGCACGUGCAAGGUUUAAUUAAUCUGAUGAUCUUGAUGGGGUUUAUAUUUGAGCUCUUGAAGCUUUCAUCAACUUUCCCUUUGUGUUUCCAAUCCCUCUCGACAUGAUUUACGAACUAAUACUACUACUGCUAUCGAUUUAUAUACUUUUAUGUGCACUUGCGCAACUCAAGUUACAAAGCAAAAGAACAAAUAUAAAUACUGUGGAACAUAUGCCAGAGCUUUUAGGCCGUGUUUAUUUAUUAAAACGCGAGACAGUUUUUCCAAUGUUUGAUGAAGAGUUCAGUCAGAUUGAUGCAUAAGUGUUCUCGAAAAAACUUUUAAUUGAUUAAAUAUCGCACAACUUUUAUUUUACAUGACAUGUUACAUGUUAUAUUACAUGACAUCGAUACCAUGCAAAUAAUAAAAAUAUGAACUAUAAAAUAUUAAUACUCGAUUUUAAAUCCACUUGAUAAUCGUUAAUAAAUACAAAUAUAUAUGUGGCAUGGUAAAAUUUUCAUAUAUUCCAUUUUAUUCGCCUGUGUUAGCAAAAAUAUUCCAGCGGAAAUAUUAACAGUGCAACGAAAAUUUAUAUAAUAAAUGUGUCGCAUGAUUAUACAAAACUAUUGGGCACGUUUGUAGUUUACAAUAUCGAUACACGCAUAAUAAAAUACUAUUCGCACGCGCUUAAAUCAGAAUUUACGUGCGAUCUCUUUUGCAAGAACAAAAUUAUUAAUCUACAUUCGGAGUAAAUUUCAAUACCUUUCUAAAAUUUCAAUACAAAGGAUGGAAUAUAUGAAUCGCUUAAUAUUCAUAUAUAUUACGGGGUCAUGGGUCGAUGAAGACGCGCGACUCGUACGCUUCUUCUUUCAUCCAAACACAUCAGUCGGAUAUUCAUACGAAUGUAUAUGAUAUGCAUUUAGAGAAGGCGAAAGGGUAUGGGCUCCGAUGCUCCGAGUUUCGGAGGAAAAGUUACAGAUACAAAAACUUUCGGCAGCUGAAAACUUUUCCUAAAUCGCGAGGGACUUCCGAGAUCCUCGAAGUUCGAGAGCCGCUGAUUCCUGGGGAUUUGAUCUCUCCUGAAAGCCGCCGCGUCCGUAACGCGUUCCCGUUAAAUCACCAGCUAAAUCUUACAUCGCGCAAAAAUCUCUUACAAUUUAUAUGGUAGCCGACAAUGAAAUAUGUUGUUGAACGAAGGUAGAAAACUUUCGGCGAGCUUCGCUAACUUUUUGCCUCACGUCGACAGAGGUUUGCCCGGCCAAACGGUUAUUUUUAUAAGGACGAGUGCUCGUAAGAAUGGCUUUGGAGCUCUAUAAGAGAAAAGUGUUUAGGAUGCGAUCCACAGUUUAGGAUCUAGAGUAAACUUCCUCUCUUUUGGCGCUUCAGGCGCUUCUCGAAUGUUCAAUAUAGAUUCCUGUUCUAUCGGAUUCCUGGUGUUACGUCUCAGUCUGAUCCUUCCAUCUGCCCGCGAGCACAAUUAAUUCUUUCCAUUAACGGCGAACACUGAGACACAUUUAUACAGACGAUGGAAAUUGAUUAGUAAUGGAAAAUUCGUCUCCUCCAUCUCCUCUCACUUCUUUUUUUGCAUUUUAUUUUUGCAUUUCACAGAUACGAUGCUGUUCAGAAAAGUGUGCAAAUAUAUACGGUAUUACGGAAUUUUUCAAGAGUCCAUUAAAUAAUGACGCAAGAGGUUUUAACGAUUUCGCGACAUUUGCCAAACAAGUGCAUAAGUGCUUUUAAUAUUUGUAACAUUUUUAUUUUUCAUCUCGUUUUUUUAAAAAUAUCAACGUCUCCGAAUGUCAUAUAAUUGCUUCAAUAAAUUCAUUCCCAUUUCAAUCAAUUAAUUCAUACCCACUUCAUACCCAGCUCGAGUUCUUUCACACAACACGUGUGUAAAUUUAUUAAUACGAAAAAAGUAGCCGAACAGUUCAGCUUCGAUCGCCUCCAAGUUAGCCGUGUGUGGGGAGAUGCCAAGUAUCCUAUCUUCGUGCAACUCCCUCCCCUCGUUCAGGUGUUACGAAGGGAGGGGUUACGUAGGAGAUCGGUAGCGGUUCGUACAGGGUGACGGUGACGGUUUCGAGUGACGGCUGGAGGACGGAAGGCGCCGAACGGAGGAGGGUUAAAGGGUGUUCGCGUCGGUGGUAGGUGGCGAGUGGGGCGGUGGGGUUGAACACCGGUGUGCGGAAUCCUCUCUGUCUCACUCACUCUCUCUCCCUCCGGUCGGGGAUGCUGGAUCCACCGCUAGUGGAAACUUCAGUACGCGACCAACCACCGACGUGUGUUUACGGUCCGAGGCUCCGGCGGAAGCGGCGAGAGAGUUGUUUGCUUCGGGGGAAAGUUUCAAGAAUGUGUUGAACUGAUCCCAUUUGGACAUACACGAGGGUUUUAGGAAUGGAUUCGACAUUAUUGCUGCUCCUACUGACCGGAUGCAGCGUGAAACUUGUGCUUGGUCAGCAGGGUCCGGUCUUCGUUCUGGAACCGCCGAGCACCCUAGUCUUUUCAAACACCACGGGCUCUCAAUUAGGCUGUUCCGCACACGGUAGCCCGACGCCGCAUGUCACGUGGAUUACCAGCCCAGAUCAGAGAUCGGUUACAGCAGUUCCGGGACUCAGACAACUUCUGGGCAACGGGACUCUUUACUUCCCGCCAUUCCUGGCUCAGGAUUUUAGAGCCGAAGUUCACAAUGCUCGAUACAGAUGCCGUGCGACCAGCUCCGUCGGGACUGUGCUUUCCCGCGAGGUCACUCUUCGUGCUGUGUUGACGGUAUCCGGAUACGACGUCAGGGUAAAUAGACAACCCGUCAUGAAAGGAUGCAACGCGGUGUUGUCCUGUACAGCUCGGGAGGACGUUAAGGAACACCUCACUGUAACUUCGUGGUUUCGCGACGACGCUAUUCUCCUACCUGGAAACACAGACACCGGCGGAAGAUUCGUGGUUACCUCGCAGGGUGAUCUUCACAUUAGGGAUGCCAGGCCAGAAGACGGCAGAGCGACGUACUCGUGUUUAACCCUGCACGCCUUGACCAGCGAACGGAGAAGAAGCGAACCGGCCACUUUAACAGUAACGGAACCAACCGGUUCCUCGCCGCCGCGAUUGAUGCAACGUUCCGAAAUCGCUAUUUCCGCCGAAAGCGGCUCGGAUGUUCACCUCACGUGCUCGGCGCAAGGAAGCCCGCCGCCGCAAUUUACCUGGUAUCGCGAUGUUAAUGGCCACUCAAUACCAGUCGAAUCGUUCGGUCGUAUCCAGCUCUGGGGUGAUUUAAUGCAAAUUCGUCGCGUGGACGCGCAGGACGCUGGAAGAUACGUUUGUCGGGCCAGCAAUCAACUUGGCGAGCAACGAGCAGAGACGCAUUUGUCAGUCACUUCAAAGUUGAAUGCUCGGAUUCAGCCGCGUGUGCAGGUCAUUAAUUCCGGCGAGACCGCCACGAUGAACUGCACGGUCGAGGGGUAUCCGGUCGAAAGCGUCGAGUGGUUGCACGACGGUGUACCAGUAUUGACCGCCCAGGACACGAGGAUCAGAUUGUUGGCUCCCUUGGUGCUCGUGAUAGGCUCCGUCGGUCGCAGAGACAAAGGGAUGUAUCAGUGUUUGGUGAGGAGUGACAAGGAAAACGCUCAGGCCACUGCCGAACUCAAACUCGGAGAUACGGUUCCAGAGUUACAGUACACGUUCAUCGAGCAAGCGUUACGACCAGGUCCACCGGUUUCCCUGAGAUGCUCCGCCACCGGUUCACCGACGCCGUCCUUUACGUGGCUACUGGACGGUGAACCGCUGAGCCAAAUUGCAACUGGGCACAGAUACGCGAUAGGCCAAUACGUGGAUCAGUCCGGUGAUGUGAUCAGUCACUUAAACAUUUCAUCGGCGGGAACCGAGGACGGUGGCCUGUACGCUUGCGUGGCGUCCAACACCCUGGCGACGGUCGAGCACAAAGCGAGAUUGAACAUUUACGGACCACCGUACAUCCGAUUAAUUGGCCCGAUUCGCGCCAUCGCCGGUGUCGACAUCACAAUAGCAUGCCCUUACUCGGGAUAUCCGAUCACAUCGGUCGGAUGGACCCGUGGUGGUGCCGAGUUGCCCUUUGACAUCAGGCACCUAGUCAACAGUGAGGGUUUCCUUACGAUUAACACGGUGGAUCCAAAUGAUGCCGGCACUUACACGUGCAUAGUUCGCGCGAGUUCCGGGGAAACCGCUAACAGAGAUAUACUUCUAACCGUCAGUAGUCCGCCAGUAAUGAGUCCCUUCACCUUUCCUCCGAACUCGCAAGAAGGAAGUCGUGCUCAAGUGACAUGCAGCGUGACAUCGGGCGAUCUUCCAAUCUACAUUUCCUGGUUGAAGGACGGUGAACCGCUGCCUUCUUCCCUUCGCAUCGAAGAGAGAGGUGCAGAAUUCUUCAGCUUGCUCGUCUUCAAGGAGUUGUCGUCACGACACAGCGGCAAGUACACUUGCGUGGCCACGAAUAGCGCUGCCAAGGUCAAUCAUACGGCAGAACUCCUGGUGAAGGUGCCUCCUCAAUGGAUAUUCGAGCCGCAAGACGUGGCGACUUUGCUGGGCAACCCGUUGAACGUCCAUUGUGAGGCAAAAGGUUUUCCGCCUCCGCAUAUUAUGUGGCUCCGUGCCAGAGGCAGAACGUCCAACGACUAUCAGCCGCUGCUCGAUGGUUCUGAUGGCAGACUCACGAUAUUGCCUAAUGGGUCUUUGUGGACGGCUUCCGCCGGCCCGCAGGAUGAGGGUUACUAUCUCUGUCGGGCUAACAAUGCCAUCGGUUCGGGACUAAGUAAAGUCAUAUACGUGUCGGUGCAUGAACCGGCGAGAUUCAAGUUUCAGAGUAAAAACGUGACAAUUCGCCGCGGAGAGUCCGUGACCAUCGACUGCACUGUGAUUGGCGACAAUCCCAUAGAAGUUCAAUGGAUGCACAUCAGCGACCGAUUGGACAUGAGCAAUCGCAGACUAAACAUCGGUCAAAUAAAGACUGACAACGGCAUGAAAUCUCAACUAUCCAUUGCAAAUAGCGAUCGACAAGAUUCCGGAGUCUAUAGAUGCACCGCCGAUAACGCUUAUGGUAGAAGCGAACACUUGAUCUACUUAGCAGUCCAAGAGAGACCGGAUCCUCCGGCCGGGCUCGAAGUAAUAGAGAUCGGUUCCCGGUCAAUACGAUUAUUAUGGAAGCGAGCCUUCGAUGGAAACAGCCCCAUAAGAAAUUACGUGAUACAAUAUCAGUCGUUGAGCCACGGCAUGACCGAUGAUUGGAAUCCCGUUAAAACGCACAACGUCACGUAUACGCCAGGAAGCCCCAGUAGCGGUAAUUCCAUACAUCCGACUCAAAAUGGCUUAUCUCCGUUUGAAACCACCGACGAUGACCAGGAGGUAGCUCUAGUUGGUGGUCUCCAUCCGGCUGUCACUUAUAUCUUCAGGAUUUUUGCUAUAAACUCUAUCGAUGCGAGCGGGCCUACGGAGUCUGUGGUAGCGAAGACUCAGGAGGAAGCGCCUACUGAACCGCCGCAAAACAUCAAAGUGCAGUCCGCCGGACCUGGAGAGCUCCUAGUCAGUUGGCAGCCGCCUCCAAAAGAAUCGUGCAACGGAGAUCUACUAGGAUACAUAGUGACAUGGUCGGAACAUUCGUCGUCCACCUCGGGCGUUAAUCAAAGUAAAAGUUUAACCGUGAAUGGUUGGGCGACAACAAAAGUGCAGCUUACUGGUCUGAGAAAAUUUACGAAAUACGAUAUUUCGAUCAGAGCCUUCAACAGCAUUGCCAGCGGCCCUGCCAGCGCUCCCAUCGUGGGUACUACCCAAGAAGGAGUACCAGAAACGCCGCCGACUCAGGUGACAUGUGAUCCAUUGUCUUCCCAAAGUGUCAGAGUAUUUUGGAACGCACCACCACCUCAUCAGCACGGUGGAAUUAUUCAGGGAUACAAAGUCUAUUAUAGACCGGUCCCUACUGAUAACAUGGAUAUUUCGACGGUCGGUGAAGUGAAAAAAACCUCUGGCACGGAUACCUAUUUGCACACGAUGUACAAAUACACAAAUUACUCCAUUAAGGUACUGGCUUUCACUGGCGCGGGUGACGGAGCGCUGAGUCCGCCGAUUUUUUGCAUGACGGAAGAGGAUGUUCCAGGCCCGCCUGCUGGCAUUAAAGCACUAGCAUUAACAGCGGAGAGUAUAUUAGUCUCUUGGUUGCCGCCGCUACAACCGAACGGAAACGUUUCCAAGUAUACCGUGUACAGCAGAAAAGCUGGCUCCAAUGAACAAAAUGCACAUACGAUGCACGAGCCGCCGUCAUCGCCCACGGACACUCUUACGAUGGAACUGCGAGAUCUAAUAGAAAGACAAUCGUACGAGUUCUGGGUGUCGGCAACGACCAGCAUCGGAGAAGGGGAACGAACCACUAUAGUUACGCAGACAACGAACACCAGAGCUCCCGCCAGAGUGGCAUCGUUCUCGCAGGUAUUGAGAAGAGCUGUGAAGUCGUCGGUUAUGCUGUCCUGCCUGGUGGUAGGAAAUCCUACGCCACGACCUAUCUGGACGUACAGGAACGGUCAAAUCACUACCGGCAGACAUUACGAACUUACAAUGGAUGGACAUCUCAAUAUACGGGGAUUGGAACAAUCGAUUGCUGGAAAUUAUACUUGUUCGGCCAGCAAUCUGUUUGGCGACGAUUCCAUUACGUAUUCGUUAAUCGUAGUGAUGCCGCCCAGAGCACCGUCGUUGGAGUUGCAAUACACGACGACCAACAGUAUCAGGUUCCGCUGGAAUCAUCCUGACAACGGCGGUGCUACUAUACAAGGAUACGUGUUAAGCUACAAGAGGGAUCAGGGUGGAUGGGAGGAAAUCGCUUUAUCUCCCGAACAGACAGAAUUUGUGCUCUCCGGAUUGAAGUGCGGCUCUUCCUAUCUGGCGCAUUUGACGGCACACAAUCGCGUCGACACCGGUGAUCCGAGUCCACUGAUAAGUGCGACUACGAAAGGCACCGCGCCUCUGUUGCCCAAGGAGAGAGAUAUUAUCUCGGCGAAUGGUACAUCGGUGAAACUAAAUCUAUUAUCCUGGCCCAACGGAGGAUGUCCCAUUCAAUUUUACACCGUCGAAUACCGCAGACGGAUCACUACCGAACCGUGGAUCUUAGUUGCUAGUAGAGCGACCGAAAACCUCGUGAUUCGCGAUUUGAAAACGGCGUCGUGGUACAGCCUACGUUUGACAGCCCACAACGACGCUGGCUCGACUCAGACACAAAUGGAAUUUGCCACGACCACGUUGAGCGGCGUCAGUAUAGGUCCGCCCAAUGAUCUGAUAAUGGAGGACGACAUCAAGAGGACGGUGCCUAAUCAGAAAGUUCUGUAUGUCGUUGUACCGCUCAUCUGCGCAAUCAUUUUAGUCGUUUCUGCGGUAAUUCUCGGAUACGUCAUGCUCAAACGUAGUGGCAGAGCAAACUAUUUGGGCGAAAUAUUGCCGGGGCAGCAGCAGCAACAGCAGACAGGACUGGGAAUAGUUCAACAACAGCAGCACCAGCAACAGCAUCAUCACUUGUCCAGUUGCAUGUCGACCGUGCAACUCAAAUCGACGGCCGAACGAGACAACAGGCGUAAUCAUCAGGUUUACACUAGCUCGCCCGUAAAACAAGAAAAUCACAAGUCUAACGAUCAUGGAUCAGAGAUGUACGAGAUAAGUCCGUACGCCACGUUCAGCGUUCCUGGAAGAGAGAACCGUUCGGUGACAACCGCAACGCUCGAUUACACGAUGCAGUUUAAGACAUUCGGUCAUUUGGAGAACGAAGACAUCAAUACCAUUGAUUACGAGAGGUCGACUGUAGAGUUCGAAAGGUCGAAAACGCCAAGGUGGCACAAGCAACGCUAUUUCCCGAGCAUCGCGGAAGCCGAAAGCAAACUGCGAUCAAGCCGACAAGGCUCCGGGAGCGACACAUCCGGUAGUCCUUGCGGCGAAUGCGCCGGGCCUAGUUAUAGAGUGCCAGUGAAGCCUUGUAGAGAUGUAUUUUCACGAGGUGUUGAAUCGAGUACGGAAUCCAACAACGAAGGCUCGCCAUCGCUCGCGAGACGACGAAGCCGACAGCCGAGCCGGUCUACUCGCAGUUCGGUGGAAGACAUGACGCUAUUGCCGCCAAGCGGGUUCAGCGACAGCCGUGAAUUGAGCGAUGUGGAGUGUGACCGUGACCGCGAUCGCGAACGCGAUCGCGAGUGGCAAGGAUUGUCGACCGGAACUCGCCACGGCGGCAGCUUAGGCAGACUCCCGAUCGAGGCCGUCGAAUCUAUGCUCGCUAGGUAUCGGCACGAGUCUUCGUAGACCAGAUAUCAGCAAAGGAAGGAACAAGAAAGACAAGAAUUCACUAUACAUGUAUGAUCGAGAUUCGCUGGUUCGACUUGGUAUCUUCGCCGGACGAUUUAACGUUGUUUAGAUAGAGUGGAGAGGCCGUCUCUCCUUGACAGCAUCCGUUGUUGAUGACGGAAAUUUACGGAAUCUUAUUGAAGGUGGUAGUUUAAUAUAUGUAAAGGACAAUUUAAUUAAUUGGAGAUAAAAGGUGGCAAGGAGACUCAACAAGAAAAAGACUCAACUGUAUAUUCGCCGAAGAGGCGUCUCAAUUACCGAUCUGCAUUGCGCCAAAAAUACUGCCGUUAUUAUACACGAAACAUGGCCUUCGUACGUAGCCCUGUAUGUACCACGUACGAGUGUAGCGCCGAGUCCCGAUAAGAACGCCAAAUUUUCUCGGCGAUACACUCAAUUAACCGAGAAGCAAUGGAAACAUCCGAUAAUUAACGUUUUUGAUAGCGCAUUUAUUCUUUCUAUUACCGAAUUUUACGAUUAUAUUACUGUAUGUGAAACGUGAUCACGAUAAAAAAAAAAAA